CAGAAGUUGCAACUGUUGUGGCAGUCGUGAGAGCUGAUAUUACACAACGCUGUGGAUUCCUUGAAGACCUGCAAACUGAUGGACUGUCUGGAGAAUGUUUUGCUGUGGAGCCAAUGGGAAACCACUGAAGUUAACAGAAGAUCUUACCUCAUUGUAUUUGUGGUACAGCUCCAGUAGAAGUAGCAAGAAUGCCCCUGUGCCCUGCAUAAUCUAUAGACCUGACUGUUAGCUCACUCUCUUUGUAGUCAGAAGAUGCAGGCAUAGCAUGCCUCAGGAAAGGAGAAAAGUGGGCAUGGAUCUCCUGCUUGCAGGAUAUCUAAUUGAGAUGUCAGCUGGAGUUCCUAAUGAUCAGUUGUGAUCCAUGUUCAUGUGGGAAAACAAAGAAAAUAGAAAUCUGGGAAACGAAUCUCCCCGUCCUUUUUCAUCCUGAUUGUGUGAAAUAUUGUCUAACUAAGCACACAGUUGGAGAGAGAAACUGGUGAGGCGUGACGCCAGUGCCAGACAAACACCAGCUUUUGAAACCCGUGGCAUCUUUUGCACGCUACAGCUGACUCGGCUUUAGCGCCGCUUCCUGCUUAAAGCUAUGACCCAGAGAAAAGCAGGAAAACUGCAGCGGAGAAGAAACUUGGUGUACGAAAUCCACCAGCUGCAAAGUCUCGAUGAUCAACUCACUUCCGUAACUAGCAGUAACAAUCUUACAAGCAGUUGUUGUCCAGUGAUUGUACAUCAAGAUGGCAAAGCAAGAGCAUGGGACUUCAGAGACAGUGGAUGAAGAGGAGAUGGAGGAAGAGAUGACAGACUUGGACGCAAUGUGCUCUAAAAGCACUUUUGAAACUGAAAGCCUAGAGGUACUUGAGGGGGGUGGUCAUCUGACCCCAGAAAGUGAAAGCAGCAAGUCCUUCCUGUCUGAAGAAGGCUCAAUUGGUGCCUCACAUACUGUCACCUGCACGUUCACAGUCUCACUAGCUGUCCCUAUAGUGGUUUCAAGGCACAAACGGAAGACAUCCGAUGUAGCUGAGGUGCAAAGAAAUUGUAUCCAAGGUGACAAUCACGGAGCUAUUCCAAGAAUGCGACGUUACUAUCACAUUGAGUAUUUCCUUCUGCCAGAUGAUAUCUCACCCAGAAAACUGGAUUUGGUAUUGUUUGGGACGGUUGCCAAGCUAUUCGCAGAGUCUGAUUCCAAGACUAUUAUACCAUGGUUUGAAAAUGACCAGAUCUGGAUGUCGUGGAACCAUAGUAUUAAUAUCAAUGUCACCAAUGAAUAUCUAAUAAAACUAAGAGAUCACAAAAUAACUUUAAAACUCUGGGAUUCCAAGGACAAAGUUUCUUCAAAAGCUCAGUUUAGUCAACCAAAGAUUUUUUCCUCACAAGUAGAGAAUGCGGAUGCUGCUGGUGGGGUAAAAUACACAGUACUAUUGCAAAGAAAAUUUUUUGAAGAGACUCAGCCACCACCCAGCUGUACAAAAGUUAAAGGAGCAAUGGAAUCCAAGGCACAGAAGGAAUCUUCAGCCCGUCUUGUUAAAGCAAAAGAAACUUACCUGAGUAAGUUACCGACAUCAAAUUAUGGUUUGCCACAUCCUUCAAGGACAGAUGACUUAUGUACCGCGAGCGUGCCUUUUGCGAAUAACAGAUUUCUGAAUGAAGUCCAACUUGUGAAGCAGAAAGCGGUUGCUGAUCCUCCAGGUGAUACAACUUCAGAAAAACCUGAGAAGACAAAAGAUGACUUGGGAAGUCUGACAUAUCAAGCAGACAAAACAGUUACCGCAAGUGGUAGAAGAGCUUCUGGUCCAAAAAAAGUCAUUGCUGCAGGCAACAAGAGACUGUUGAGCCAUGUUAAACUGCCUAAUGCCCAGACCAUGCUCGUGGCUAUGGCAAAGAAACAUGGCAGUACUUCACUGCAGUUGGCUCUCAUGCCUCUCCUCGCAGGGGAAAAGUCUGUGAUCAGUCGUCUGGAAGAAAACAAUCCUAAAGUUUUAGAUGCCUAUAUGACUUUCACUGUGGAAACACCUCUUCUGUCUGAAAGACAAAGACAUGAAUUGAAUCCACUGAUUAUAAAGAUUCGUUCAGCUACCUGCCUCCCAAAUACACCUGUACCAAUAGAAGUGCUGCAGAAAUUGUGUGUUCCCACUUACUGUAAAUACAAGUUUCACAGCUUUCCAGUUCAUCAAACUCAUGGACAAAUCCAUGGAACUCAUGUCUACUUUAAGGAUGUUAACGUGCUUCUAACAGGGACAAUGAAACCCGAAGAAUUAAAAGGGUAUCUUAGAGGUCCGCCUAUGGAGAUUGAAGUUCAUGACCGGGAUAGAAACAUGGCAAACAACACACAAAAGCCAUGUUUGUUUGGGGAGGAUCAAGCUGAUGAGAAAGUGGGUGAGGUGAGCCUCCUUGCUUGCAAAUCCACAAUCUAUAACUCAUUUACAAAGAACAAGGCGUGGCAUCCACAUGGGAUAGCUAAAGUCAGUCUAGCUGAUUUAUUAUUGGGUAAAAAGUGCUUGAAUAUCAGUGUGCCCAUUCAUAGCUGCUCAGCUCCAAAUGCAGCUGCCUGCAAGGAGGAGGAGAAGAAUGAGAGAAUAGUAGGGUCAGUGGAUAGUUUCUCCCUACUACCUAUGGGGCAUUAUCUAGAGUCAGACUCGAUCUUGAAAGUAAGAGUGGAAAUAGCUAUCCCACUGGGACUGCAAGCAGAAACUGCUGAUACUGAAGUCACAAAUUACCCGUAUGGCUGCAUAAUCUACAUUUUUGACUACAAUAAUGCGUCAUUAUUACAUGAUUUGAUGGAAGAGAUCACAGAAAUCAAUGCUGAAGCCCUUCGGCUGGACUGUUACCCUGUAGAGUUAAUCCAAAUGGCUUUUGCUACAUUAAAACUGAAAACCACACACAAACAUCAGAAAGUUUCUGAGUUGGAUAUUGUAACUGGUUUCCAUGUACUGGAUGGAGCAAUUCAUCUCUUUGUCUUGGAGGGAUUAAAAGACGAAGCAAUCAAGAGACUCUGGGACAGACACUUUGAAAGGACUAACAGACCUGAAGAUGGACGAUUGGAAAUACUAUAUAAUUCACACCUGUCUUUCCAUCAACGCCUCUAUAUAGACCUGGAAGCUAUCCUGUAUCAUUUCCGCCUCUGUAAGCCCCUCUUCACUAUAACGAAACAGCCGCUGCUUUAUGUGAGAGGUAUGGUUCCUUGGGCAUGUUUCCAGGCUUUGUCCAGGCUCAGCUACCUCUGUCACAGUAAGCGGCUGAGGGAUGUUGUUCACGGGGAUUUGUUGCCCUCAGCAGAAAUGAUCACAGUCUUGAGUCAAGAGUUUGGAAUUCCAUUAACUAAAGAGGAUCUGUUCACUCAGAAACCUCCUUCAGUCUCAUUUUCCUCUGAUUCUUAUACAAAACCAGCAAAAGUUAGCAGUGUGAAACCAGCAGUAUAUUCUUCGUUAGAUAACUACAAUGAAAAGUAUAUGCAGUGGAAGAAAGAAAUAGAAGACAAAAUAUCUUCUGAAAGAAACCAUAUUGAGGCCAACAUUGCUGCUGUAAGCCAACUCAAAGGAAAGAUGAAAAACCCGAAGUUUGAAGCCUUCAGGAUUUUUCCUGUUGAUGGCAAAUCUGUCUAUAACUACAGUUCUCAGAGCCUGAAUUCUACAGAACUUGCAAAGAAACGUCUUCGCCAGGAAAUGGCAACGGAACCAAAGAAGAGAUUCACUUACUGUCGUGAAUAUCUAUCGGCUAUGUUGGAUCCAGUGGAUUUGGUUGCUGCUUAUAAAGAAUCCUUAGCAAAAUCCAAAAGUAUGUGGCUGUCACCAGAUGGAUUUGUAUUUCCUGGAUAUAAGAGCAGCAUUGAAAGCAACCUUCACCCUCAAAUGCCUGAUAAGGCACGUCUGAAGGAGUUAAGUGAGAAAUGGCAGGAGAACGUUCUGUUUGGUAACAUGGACCCGGUGCUGCCACGAGACAGAUGGAGUUGGGACAAACGACAUAUCGAUUUUGAUCUUUACAAGAAACCGCCUGAGCUGUGCAUGGCAACAGUCCUGCAGAGAGAUGCUACUCAGGUUCUGCAAACUGCGUUUGAUGAUACCAAGCUGAAAGUUCACCGGUGCUCCACAGCAGCUGAGUUACGCGCACGUGGGCCAAGAGCCGCUUUUCAGCUACAGAAGCUCCAAGGACUUCUGAAAGACAAACCCUUGAAAUUCUCACUCAGGAAGCCAGGUCUCAUUUUGAAGCCUAUGCCAGCCUUGUCGGUGUUGGACAGUCAACCCUGUGACAACAGUUCGGAUGUCCUGGGAAAGAGGAAGAGCAUCACUUGCGGCUUUGUACCAGGUGCUAGUGACCAGCACAGCUUGAAGUGGAACAAAAAUAUAAUCCCCUGCCAUAACAGAGAACAUGAGAAGUUUGAAAAACUCAAAGGAGCAGACUUCAAGUUACUUUGCUAUAAUCAUUCAUUUAUUUACAAGAGAGAACGAUCAGCACGAGGAGGACACAGUAACAUCCUCGCACAACAGCAAGACCCUCCCCAGAAUGAUACGAUGGAGCCAACAGUUAUUCUGGAUGCAGCUCGAAGGGAAACAGAGGCAUACAUCUUAGUAAGACAACUGGAGAUUUAA